CACGUGACGUGGGUGGAGCUGUCCCCGCCCACAGAGCCGGGCAUAAUCCACACUGCACCUGACGCUGCCGCUGCUGUCGUGAUGUAAUGUUGCCUUUUUGGUGACUACGGAUGGCUGUUUGUGCCAGGCUCUGUGGAGUGGGCCAGUCGCGAAGGUGCCGGAGGCGGCAGAGGCAUAAUCAGCUGGACCAGGGCAGCGAUUCCGACAUGGACGAGGAGGAAGAGGAGCGGAUCGUCGGACAGAGGCAGAGCCGAGGCCUGGACGGCGCCUCUGCAGGGCCGAGUGACGCUGUCAGCACGGGUGGAAUCCAGGAUCGCGCUGGGACUCCGCACCCGCAGUGUUUGCUGGAUCUCCCGCCGGAGCUGCUGGUCGAGAUCUUCUCCUUGUUGCCCGGAACAGCGCUGCCGAACGUCACCGUCGUCUGCAAGAAAUUCAAACAACUGGUGAACACUGAAACUAUAUGGAGGAGGAGGUGCAUGGAAGAGUUUGACAUGGAGGAGGAUCUACGGAAAAUGGAAGUGGGCGGAGUAUCCAGUCGCGACCUCUAUGUUAAACUGCUUCACCCGUACAGACAUAUUUUGGGCCUGUGGCAGCCAGACAUUGGUCCUUAUGGAGGUCUGCUCAAUGUGGUGGUGGACGGGCUGUUUAUUAUUGGCUGGAUGUAUUUGCCGCCUCAUGACCCCCGUGUGGAGGAUCCCAUGAGAAGACGGCCGCUUUUCCGUAUCCACAUGUGGGAGAACAAAAAGGCGACUGUGGAGUGCAUGUACGGACAUAAGGGGCCCCACAAAGGAGACAUACAGACCGUGAAGAAGGACGAAUUUUCAACAAAGUGUAACCAGACCGAUCACCACCGCAUGCCAGGCGGACGGCAGGAGGAAUUUCGGACCUGGUUAGAGGAAGAAUGGGGCAGAACUCUGGAGGACAUCUUUCAUGAGCACAUGCAGGAGCUCAUCCUCAUGAAGUUUAUUUACACGAGUCAAUAUGACAAUUGUUUGACAUACCGCCGGAUCUACCUGCCUCCUGCAAUGCCCGCUGACCUGCUGCACCCAGGCCUCUUCAAAGGCACCUAUGGUAGUCACGGCUUGGAGAUUGUCAUGCUUAGUUUCCACGGAACAGCUGCGAGAGCCACAAAGCUCACUGUAAACCCCAACGUUCCUGCAGGGCAACUCACUUGGAUGUAAGAUCUGAGCCGGCCUAUGGUUCUGCCAGACUUGGAGUGCCAGCAGCAUAGAAAAGAGCUCUCCCGGCUUGUUUUCGAGGUCCACGAAGCAGUACAGAAGGAGGCGCAAGAAGAGGAUGUUGCUCAGACGAGUGCAGAAGAAGCAGCCUGUGGUGACGUUGUAGGGCAGAAGGGCCAGGCCCCAGCAACAACAGCACUCCCUCCGGAGACUCAGCCCUUUGUCCUGCCCCGAGGUGUUACUGCUCGGAAUGAGGUCUAUCCUCGGACCUGCAGAAAAUGCUUCUAUGGGACAGGUCUCAUCGCUGGGCAUGGAUUUACAAGCCCAGAGCGAACCCCAGGGUUGUUUGUGUUGUUUGAUGAGGACCGUUUUGGUUUCAUCUGGCUGGAGUUGAAGUCUUUCAGCCUGUACAGCCGCCUGACGGACCACCUGCCGCAUGCUCAUGCCCCAAACAUGGAGCGUUUUGAGGCCAUGCUGCACAACAUGCAAUCCUGGACAUCCUGAUGCACCCAGCUUUAAGUCUCCACUGAAGAUGCAGCGCCUAAUAUGUAAUCUUCAGAUCACCUCUGUCCUUGUUUUAGCUCUUGAUUUUAAUUUCUGGUUCUAUUCUCUACAGAUUUUAUAAAUAUGGGGUUUUACACUUGAGUUAAGAUAGCUCUAUCACCUUUUCUCAUCACCUUUUGUUCUCAUAACAGCGAGAUCAGUGUAUCGCAGCAACUGAAAAUGACCUCUAUCUUCUGGUUUAACAGACAAAGCUUAUUUAUUUAUUUAUUCCCAGCAAAAGAAAAAAAAAUCGCUAGCAUUUGAUCAAACUAUAUGUGCCUCUGAUUCCAAAAUGUACACUAAGUUUGCACUUGGGUAGUGCUUGAAGAGAGAAGGGGGGGAAGAGCUGUUCUGCACAUUCUAUACUACUGCAAUGAAUUCAGUAAUCCAUGAUUAACUGCAUGCUGCAUUUUAUUUCUAUUAAAUUGUAUCUCACACAUAACUCUUAUCUGAACAUAAUGAGAAAUUUAUCUUUUGUGAAGCAGCAUGCCAUGUUUUUGAGUUCACAUCUUGAGAAUCAUCAGAAAUCUUUUUCCCCUCUGUACUUAAAGAGGGAGGGAAACUACCAACAAAAUUGACUUAUGUAUGAAGUUAAUCACUAAUUUAUCAAAUUAAAUAGCAUUUGAGCCAGGUUUUUUGCAGACCGAAUCAGAUUUUUAGGCUUUUCUGUGUUGUCUCAUGAUCCAUUCAUUUAAUAACAAUAUUAAGAUGGAAGGUUGUAAUGCAAUAGAGUACUAACCUACUGUAUACAUAAGCUAGUUUUUAUUGCAGUAAAAUGACAGUUUGUGUUUCUAUAAUUAUGGAGUGCUUUUGAAAAUUUUAUUUUACCUUCAUAAAUAUUGCAUUUGUGGCUUUGCCAAGCAGUUGCCUCCAGUUUUCUCAGUUUAUUUCAAACUUUAAAACCAGACAAGCUGAACUUUUAACUUGCAGCUCCAACGCAUAUCUCAGCUUACCACAUCAAGUGUCUACAUAUGUCAUCACGGCCUGAUGGUGGUGCCCAGUAGCUUUCCUACUCCAAGUGCACUUUUCUGGGCAGAAUAGUGAAUCAUUGAAAAACCACUGGCCAGUACUUUUCUAUCAGACUGCAGCUUUACGAACAUUUGCAAAGAAAAGUAUCUUCAACAUAAUGUUAUCACAUGGCAUUAAUUUCUGAUCAACUUUAUGGAUUGUUUUUUAUUGGCUCUUUCUUUGUUCUUGUGAAAGUCGUGUAUUCUGACUAAUUUGUUUUGAAUGUGUUGCUUUGUAUCUUCAAUGCUGUGGGCCAGAUUUACCAGAUUUAACUAAACUUUGACCUGUUGAACUGCUCACAUUGGACUUCAGGGAGCUUUUCAGCUUAAGCGCUCUUCUCAAUAAUUUAAAAAAAAAAAAAAA